AUGGAUUUAACUGCGAAUCGUCGUUUCUUCGAAGUAGUUUCAUUUGACUCCUCGAUCGAACACCCAAAAAUUGGUAAAAAAAUACACCUAAAAGAUGAAUUUAGGAAAAUUACACUCCCAAACGGUGUAGAGGUUAAGUUCGAGGAGAUUAUAGGCCUCGCUGGAGACUUUUGUGGACUGCCUGAAAACCCAAUUAUUGAUCCCUUUAAAGAAGAAGAGGAAGACUUGUUACGAAAACAGCGCUUUCAAGGUGCCUACGACACACUUGCAAGGGCACCAAAGGAUGAAUUACAGAAGGAACUUGACAAGCUGUUGGCUUUCUUUAGGAAAGAAAGAGUCCUGGAUGCAGAAACAGGGGACGAAAUCACUGGUGGUAUCUGGUUCCUCGGCAUUCCAGUUAUACAAGGAAGGAAGUUAGAACUGGCUGAAAAUAAUUACGACCAUUUUCUUCCUUAUGCAAAAGACGCAUACCUGACUGGUCAUCAGUUGGCAAUAGAGAAAGCACGAGAAGCCAGUCAAUAUCCACAAGAUCCUGAAUUGAGGAAGAAACUCCUUCAUGAAGCAUUUUCAAUGGAAGCAUUUGCGUGUCACUUUCUUACUGACAGCUUCGCUAGUGGCCACAUUAGGUAAGAAAAAUGAUCUUAAGGAUCGAAGAUUUUUCCGGUGAAAGACUUAGUUUUCUGUUCUCCUUCGACCUUGUUUGUUGAGAUAGUUUUCAACGUGUCUUUCAAGAGGAUUCUCACAGGGUUUAACGACCCAAAAAGAGUAACUAAAGCAGAACAAACUUUUCGAAGGGAAAGGGGGAUUUUAGACGUGCUCGAAAGCGGAUGGUCCCCGCCCAGUCUUAGACCUCCCCCCAAAACGUUUUUUUUUUUUUUGCUUUCUAAAUGUUAAUUAUUAAAUUCUUAUUUGAUUUUUUCAAAAACAACCAGAAAAACAUGAUUGAUUUUUUUAGGAAUGAUUGAUUUUUCCUUUGGUCUGAAACUGUCUGACGGAAGCCGUGUGCGCUUCGGUUGUUUACAAUUAUAAAUUUUACAAAUUUUAUCUCUGCUUAUAUCAGGACGCCAAGAAUUGAAAUGGGAAAAGCAACUACUCUAGGAAAAGAUGGCCAUUUAUUAUGUAAGUACAUGCACGACGAGGACAACAAAUAUGGUUUGCGCGUGACAAAUCUAAGGGGUGAUAAAUGGAUUCCAUAUGGUGAUGGUAUGUUUCUGAAAGAAAAGAGCAAAGAUAAUUUAAAUGUAGCAGCAGAAGCUGUGCAGAAAUCAGUUGAUCAAGUCUACGAGGCUUACACAAAUCCUUCCGGAUCUCUUGAUCCCUCUGAGGUAACCGACCUACUACCUUUUGUUAAUCAGGAGGAAAGAAACAAUUCUCCAAUGUUUCAGAUGAUAGAUGGGAAGCUUCUCAGAAGAUCAAACUUGAACGAUCUCCAGGUUACUACUACAACUGCCAGUUGGUGGGGACCGACAACAGUGGCAAUGCUACAGGUUUACAAACCUGAAAACUCUGCUAUAUAG